AAAGAAGACAAUAAAAAUGAUAUGAAGAAGUGUGUACCCAGACCAAAGUUUGCUUCCACGAAUGAAUAAAUACACCCAUCUCGGCAGGCAUCGCUCUCUCCGUAGCCGAUAUAAGAAGGUCUAUUGGACAUGAUUAACAAAGUCAUCAACAUACAGUCGGUCCCGAGUCUUAAACCUCACGAGUACAAUACAAAUAUUCAUCUACCAGGAAAACCUCUUCAAUUCAAUCAGUGCCUCUCUCUCUCUCUCUCUCUAGAUCUCCAUAUAUAUAUAUAUCAUCACCCAAAGGCUCCUCAAAUGUUUACUGAAGGGAUGGAAGAGACGAGGCUUGUUCUUACCAAGCCAUUGACAAUAGAUGGGGAAUCAAAUACUGAUUACGCAGCUCCUAAUCCUCUCCAACUUGUUUUAAGCCUCUUUAAAAAUGUUAUGCCAGGAUCAGAUCUCACACGCCUUCAGUUGCCACCUCUCUUCAACAUCCCAAAGUCCCACCUUCAGUGCUUUGGUGAAUCAGUGUAUUGCGUUGCUAGUGAUAUAAUAAGCAGGUGCAACAGUGGUGAGAGCCCGCUAGACAGAUUCAUUGCUGUUGUAACAUGGAGCAUUUCUACUGUGCGUCCUGUGAUCUUUGGUGUUACUCCAUACAAUCCUAUUCUUGGAGAAACCCACCAUGUUUCAAGGGGAAAUCUCAAUGUUCUACUUGAACAGGUUUCACAUCACCCACCAGUAUCUGCCCUCCAUGCAACUGAUGAGGGUGAAAAUGUUGAGAUGAUCUGGUGUCAUCAUCUUACUCCAAAAUUCUAUGGUACUUCUGUGGAAGCUGAGUUGCAUGGCAAAAGGCUGCUUAAGCUCCAAAAUCAUGGAGAAACUUAUGUAAUGAACUCUCCAAAGGUCUUGAUUAGAUUUCUUCCAUUUCCUUGGGCUGAUUGGGUUGGCAAUGUCAGAAUUCAAUGUCAAGAAAGUGGCCUUGAAGCUGAAUUAUGUUACAGAAACACUUCGUUUCUAGGGCGCAGGGGAAAUCAACGGUCUAUUAAUGGGAAGGUCUUUGAGUCCUCUUCAUUGAAGACUCUCUAUGAGAUCGAUGGUCAAUGGGAUAGAACUGUCAGGAUGAAGAACAUAAAUAAUGGGAAAGUUACAGUUAUACAUAAUGCAAAAGAAGUAAUUUCAGGGCUGAGAGCUCCUAUUGUCAAGGAUACUAGGGAAAUAUGGGCAAGUGAAUCUGCUCUGGUGUGGAGCGACGUAAGCCGAGGCAUCCUGAGUAAGAACUGGGAGAAAGCAAAAGAAGCGAAGAAAGCUGUUGAGGAAAAACAAAGGGAGCUCCAGAGAGAAAGAGAGUCAAGAGGGGAGAAUUGGGUUCCUAAGCAUUUUACUGUGUCUCAUAGCAAGGAAGGUGGGUGGGAAUGCUCACCAAUUCAGAAGUGGGUCCCAGAAGCACCCAUAAUUGUGCCCCUUUGAUUUGUGAUUUGUGAUAGACAUAUAAUAGCAAUUCAGUUUGUUUAUUUCCACAAAGUGUUCUUAGGAUUAUUAAACUAAAAUAUCACCUAUUUUAGUUGUAGAA